AUGACAAACCUGGCAGCGCGGGUCACCAGCAUCGAGCUCUGCAGCACAUUCACGUUUCCUACUCUCAAGAAGCUUUCUGUCAACGAUGUUGUUACUAUUUGGAGCGGUGUGUCUAAGUAUGUCCGGCAACAGCUCCUGAAGGAAGAGCCUCAGGCUGUCACCAUAACAGGACUGGGGACAUUUCAUAUCAAAAGCUGUCACUUUUUUGAAAAUGGCAAGAUGAUCACAUUUCAGAGACCUGUGUUCUCGCUGUCCAGGACUGUUGCACAGGUCCGUGAGCUGCAACAUGCUUCUGUACCUGUUCCUGAAGAGAUUAACAAAGUGUCAGUGAGCUACAAGAAGACCCACUUGAAUGUGCCCUAUUCUGAGAAAGUCGUGCAGCACUGUGUGCAGGAGACCCUGGACUUUUUCUGCUUCAUCCUGAAAAAGAAAGAAGAUGCAGACUUCAUUUUAAAGGAUGUUGGCACUCUUGCUAUCCGAGGAACAGAAGUGACAAUGGCAUUUUGUGAAGACUUUUUACUAAGCCUUAACAAGUCUACAGACAUGAUAGAGAAGUUGCUCACUAAGAAAUGGGUCAUAUCAGACAAAGAAGUCACUCUCUUUCCAAGCCGUUUUGGCCGUGUCCACCGGUUUCCACAGUUUGACAUUAGGGUAGUGCCUCGAAGAGUUUCUCUCCCAGAUGAAGAGACAUCUUCAGAUGUCAAAAGUGGUUUGAGUAGCAUGGGAAAAAAAGCGACUAUUCAUCACUCAUCACUCCUUCUGCAAAGGAGCGUUUCCCCAGACAGCUUAGCCAGAGGUGAUAUGGCAAAAGAAGCACAGGAGAAAACCGAGAGAAAAGGGCCUCCUGGCAGACUGUUGCAACAAUGUGCAGGCACAGAAGGAAGGCAGCACAAAGAAACUCCUUUGGUGAGCCCUGGGUUGCCAUUGCCUACUUCUGAAGAGCACAGGCAGACGGGACAGAAAAGACGGUCUGUAUUUGGGAUGAAUAGUAGAAGAAAACUGGAGGCAUCCAUGGCCAAAAGGAAGGAGGAAGAACAGAACAGAGAAGCAGGGAGCAUCACCUUUCCAGAAUUGCCUCAACAGCACGCUGGGAGAGGAAGCGACGAGAUGCAGAGAGCCCAGCUGACUCAGAAGGAAGAAGAUAGCCUCGGAUCCUCAGAGAACACCUCCAAGACAGAAGAGGGUCUACAGACAGCGGAGGCUUGGAUUCAGCUAAGGAGGCAUUUUCGAUCUGAGCUGGAAAGCUUAGGGGACACUGAAAGAUGGCUCACUCAAAAACCUUCCCUCAGCCGACAAGAAAAAAAAUUCUUGCAAAGAAUAAGGGCACUCAGAGCAGACAGGAGGGCUGCUGUCAAAUCAGCCGCGACUGACAGCCUGGACCACUCACCACCAAAGAGCAGACAGUCCCAGAAGAAGGGUGCCAUUCCCCUUGUUUGUGCACCGUACCCCCAGGCUCUUGUCACGCUGCAUAACCUCCUGCAUGAAAAGAAGCUGAGGAUGGUGUCCGUAUUCAAGGCAGCUGGUAUGGGUGGGAGGAACAUCAAGAGAGAAGACUUCAUUAAAGUCAUCAAGGAGACCAAAGUUCCCAUCAGCGACAAGGAUCUCGAGGAUGUGGUCAUCUUCUUGACUUCCUCAAAACCAGGGAAUUUUAUAAGCCCUGAAGAUUUGAUUAACUGUCAAAAGCAGUGGCUGGAAAUGAGGAAAGGACAAGCCCAAGAGACCAAAACAGGCGUAGAAGCUUGGUUCCAGAAGGCCACCUGCCAAACUGCCGCUUUUCCAUCUUCUGCUGGGGACACAGCCAAAUGGAUGACGCCUCGUCCUCCUACCAAGCCCAAAAGAAAACUAAUACACUUGGAAGUUCCACCAGUCAACACCGAGCCAGAACAACAACAAAUGAGCUGUGAAGGAAUGGAAGAGACUGAAAAACAAUUAAGAGAGAAGAGACGGUGGAAGAAGAACAAAGAGAGCCCAAUAGAACGAAAAGAAAAGUGCCGGAUGGUGAGAUCUGGGGAUCGCCCCGUUGAUGAGCACUGCUUGCCUUCAACCGUAGAGACUGACUUUGGAGAGCUGGUUGACCAAUAUCGCAGCAAAACCUUGAUGAACUAUAUGCAGGACUCCAAGCUGUGUGAAGAGCGCAAUGUUCCCAUCACCAAGUCAGUGCUGCAGAAAGCCCUGCUGCAUCCAGGAGACAAGAUCAUCAAGGAAGGCGAACAUGUAAGGAAGAUCAGGCAGCCUGGAGGAUACUACAGCACAGGACAUGCUGAUGCUCGAUCACCUGGGAGCACCUCCAAAUCUGCAUCUGGAAGCCAGACCAACGAGGCAGAAAAUAGGCAUCUUCAGAGGAAUAAGAUGCAAAAGACAAGCGACAAUAGGUUCUGGCCAGGUCAUCUCCUGGACAAGCUAUACCUUUACUUUCCUGAUAAGCACCAUGACAGGGCGCACGCCCUGUUCAGCUGUGUUCGUCCAACCAAGCCUGUCUACCAUGGCUUCUAAAGCCCCGACUGCAGCUGGCUCCUCAGCAAGCCCGGACGCUUGGCCUCUGGAGACACUGCCUUCAAAAAGACCAGCUCCACCUGAAGCUCUUCUUCAAGCAGCAGGAGAUGCGUGCACAGCUUUGUGAUCCCUCAGUCAGCUCAGGGGACCUGGGCUGGGCUGAAGGCGUGGGAGCUGGACUGACCACAAAAUGCACUUCUCAACUGGGAGCUUUUCUGCUCACCUGGUGUAAAAGAUGACUUGUAAACAAAGAUUGAGAGAAGCAGCCCGAGGGAAGCAUGAAACAAAUGGUGAGAGCCUGAGGAAUGUCUCCAACACUCGCAAGUACCAUGCCUUUUGCUUAAAGAACUGAUAAGGUUAACACCUGUUUAUCUCUUGUGUGAUUCAUGCGAGAGAAAACUCGUCUAGAAGUUUUUAUGAAGACAAGGAGGGAGCUUACAGAGCCCAGCUUUUCGUCGGCAAAGACAGUAAAAUCGAUAUAACAAAAAACACUGUCUCUGCAGAAGGCUACCAUGCCCGAUGGAUGACCUUUGCCUCAUUACCCGUGAAAUGCAUAUUAAAGUUGACACCCCCGUAUAUGCUAACACAGAUUAUCGAGAUCAUGCUCAACAUAUAUGACUAUAGCUCUCAUCUCCCCAUCCAAAUCAUGCUACACAUCACCUGGGAAGUGGAGAAACCUGAGAUGAAACUGCCCCGAGGAGCAGGGCGGGCCAUGCAAAUAAGGCCAACAUAAAAGGGGAAAAUAAGUGCCCCGAGAAAAAGAAGAUUUUUCCCUGGGGAUAUACAGAAGGGCGCUUUUACCCCUCCCAGUUGGCUGGACAAACACUGGAACCAGAACCAGCGAUCUCUUUAUCUCUCAGUCUCUCUCCUUCUCUAUCCCUUUGUUUCUUUUCUUUUCUUUUGAAGUACUGCUUGCCAUAAUUUGUUGUAUACCCGUUGCUAAGUAACGCAAUGCCUCCCUACUAUGAGAGAUUAGAUUAAGAGCAAAACAGGUGGUAGAAGAUGGAAUUAGUACAUGGGAAAAACGGGAACCGAGAAGGUAGAAAACAUGUUGUGCUAAUGACUAAGCAAUUUACUAUGUGAAUUCUUGUAACCAAUCUGAUGUGUGAACGAACUGCAUGGACAGCGCGUGGACAGUGUAACGAGCUAAUCAGAAAUAAGCGAGUCGCGUGUACGGCUAC